AUGGAGAUGGACACUUGCCGAGGUUGUUCCUCUCUCUCCCUCUCUCGCCUCCUCACAAUCACCUUCACCUUCAUGGCUGCCUCGGGACUCCCAGACAAUUCCGAUGACCUGAUCGCUGCGACGUGCAACCGCACGCCGUACUUAGACGUCUGCAUGUCCACCCUCACGUCCCGCCGCGGAAGCCGCACCGCCGACCUGCACGGGCUCGCCGCCAUCUCGCUCGAUGCCUGCAUCGCCCACGCCAAGGCGACGUUGUCGUACGCGAGGAGCUUGAGCAGGCACGACGGCAUUGCCAACGACACCUACGCGUCCGGGUGCCUCGCUGACUGCCUGGAGGAGUACGGCGAAGCGGUGGACGAUCUGCACGAGUCCGCGGGUGCGCUGCGGCGAGGGUCGUACGACACGGUGAACGUGCUGUUGGCCGGUGCCAUGACCAACUCGGACACCUGCGAGAGCGGGUUCGGGGAGAAGCCGGGUCUGCGGUCGCCGUUGACGGAGAGAAACCAGUACUUCGGCAAGCUCUGCAGCAACUCCAUUGCGAUCACCGGUCUUCUUGGUUGACCUCUUUGGCUGUGCCUUCCAAAUUGUUUGGUUUCA